CCCUGCGCCUUGCUGAUGUUUACAGGUGAAAUAGGAACUGUGUUGUUGGCAGGGCUGCUUACCUAAUUGACUGAAGGCAACUAAAGAUCAAAUGAAACAGAAACAUGGCAAUAUUUGGUGUGUUGAUGCCUUUCUUCCUGAUAUGCUUUAAUAUCGGGCAGUCUUGCCGGAAUUCUGAUGACUUUGUGGGUGCCAGCUCUCCGGGAGAUGUUGUCAUUGGAGGCUUGUUUGCAAUUCAUGGCAAGAUGUUGCAUUCAGAAGAAAACCCCCUCAAGCCAGUGAUUGCCAAUUGUGCCGGCUUUGAAGUUCAAGUGUUUCUUCAGAGCCUUGCAAUGGUCCAUGCAAUCGAAACAAUCAACAACUCUACACUCUUACCUGGAAUUAAAUUGGGGUAUGAGAUCUAUGACACUUGUGCAGAGGUCACCAGGGCAAUGGCUGCAGCUCUGAGGUUCCUGUCCAAGUUCAAUGCCUCAAAAGACCUCGUGGAAUUCAGGUGCAACUAUUCAGACUAUACGCCCAGAGUCAAAGCUGUCAUAGGGGCCACCUAUUCAGAAGUAUCUAUGUCGGUUGCAAGAGUAUUGAAUUUGCAGCUUAUACCACAGGUGAGUCACGCUUCAACUGCAGAAAUCCUUAGUGAUAAAGUCCGCUUCCCGACUUUUCUGCGCACCGUGCCUAGUGAUUCUUAUCAGACGAAAGCGAUGGCACGACUGAUCCACAGGUCAGGGUGGAACUGGAUUGGAAUCAUAGCCACCGACGAUGACUUUGGGCGCCUCGCUGUGGAGAGCUUCGGGUUACAGGCAAUGGCAAACAAUGUCUGCAUUGCAUUUAAAGAAAUGCUGCCUGCUUAUCUCUCGGACAGCACCAUUCAUGGCAAAAUUAAUCAAGCUCUUGAGAAGAUUGUCAAGGAAACCAGGGUAAACGUCAUUGUUGUCUUUCUCAGGCAAUUCCACGUAAUGAGAUUGUUCAGAAAAGCAAUUGAGAGGAACAUAAAUAAGACCUGGAUUGCAAGUGAUAACUGGUCAGCAGCUGUCAAGAUUAGCACCAUUCCAAACAUCAGUCGCCUGGGGAAAGUGGUUGGAUUUACGUUCAAAAGUGGCAACAUGUCAUCUUUCCACGACUUCUUGAGCAAUCUACAUACAGCCCCCAAUGGAAACAACACGUUCUCAAUGGAAUACAACACGCUUAUGGCAGCAUGCUCGCAUAUAAACGAUCAAGAUUUGAGCAAGUGCAUUGGUAAUUACUCUGUUGAGAGAGUUCUACAGAACCGCACUAAACCAAGUAACCAGUUUCGGAGAGAGGAAUUUCUCAUUGCAAACAUUGAACCAGGAUUUAUCCACAGCACCAUGCUAGCCGUGUAUGCAAUUGCAAAUGCCAUUCGGAAUCAGUGCAGGGCCAGAAACUGCAAAGACCCAUAUGCUUUUGCCCCUUGGGAGUUGCUUGAAGAACUGAAAGAAAUCAGGUUCACUGACAAUGAAAGGGAAGUCUAUUUCGACUCUCACGGAGACAUCAACACAGGCUAUGAUGUGCUGGUUUGGAAGGAAAUUGAUGGGCGGAUGGUGAUUUCCAACAUCGCAGAGUACGACCUUGAGAAAGAUGACUUCAUCUUUGCAGAUGAGGAAGAUGAAAUGGAGUUUCUGAAUCUAAAGAACAUUCAGUCCAAAUGCUCCAGCAAAUGCAGCCCAGGACAGGUGAAGAAAGUUUCCGCAAGCCCGCAUACCUGCUGCUACGAGUGUAUAAGCUGCCCCGAAAACUAUUACACUAAUAAAUCAGAUAUGGAUUACUGCAUUUUAUGCAACAACAGGACACACUGGGCCCCUGUGAACAGUUCGAGGUGCUAUAGGAAGAUGGUUCAGUACCUCAACUGGAAUGACUGGUUUGCUAUUUUGUUACUGGUACUCUCUGUCCUUGGAAUUGUGUUGAUUUGCAGCAUUAUCAUAAUAUUUACUAGAAACGUGGACACUCCUGUUGUAAAGGCAUCGGGCGGCUUGACUGUCUGCUAUGUCAUCCUUCUCUGUCAUUUCCUUGCUUUUGUGAGCACAGGCUUCUUCAUCGGCAAGCCCAUGGCAUACAAAUGUAAAACCCGGCAAGCUCUCUUUGGCAUCAGCUUUGCGCUCUGCAUUUCGUGCAUUUUAAUUAAGUCUCUGAAAAUUCUGCUGGCCUUCAGCUUUGAUCCCAAGUUACAAAAAUGGCUGAAGGGCCUCUACAAGCCCAUUCCCAUCGUGUCCUUUUGCACGGGGAUUCAGGUCAUGAUUUGUGCUGUCUGGAUCAGCGUUCGAAGCCCGUUUGUGGAUGAGAACUUCUCCAUCCGGAGAGUCAUUAUCCUGGAAUGUAACGAGGGUUCGGCUGUAGCCCUGGGGAUCAUGCUGGGUUAUAUAGCUCUUUUGGCAUUCAUAUGCUUUAUAUGCGCCUUCAAAGGUAGGAAGCUACCUGAGAACUACAACGAAGCCAAAUUCAUAACGUUUGGCAUGCUGAUCUACUUCAUUGCGUGGAUUACGUUUAUCCCCGUCUACACAACUACUUUUGGCAAGUACUUGCCAGCCGUGGAAAUCAUUGUCAUUUUAAUAUCCAACUAUGGGAUCCUCUGCUGUACAUUCCUCCCCAAGUGCUACAUCAUACAGUAUAAGCAAGAGACAAAUACCAAGUCGGCCUUCCUGAAAAUGCUUUACAAUUAUUCGUCCAAAAGUGCAGGGAGUCUAAGCGUAAACCAAAGUUCUCUGGACUCGAAAAGCGAGACGCCUCCGAUUCCCAGUGCAAAUGCUUGUUGCAAAACUAAGGGUCAGAAAAAUUGGGUGAAUGGCAGCUGCCAUUUCCAGGCAUCUGGGUACAGGGAGAUCAGGAGGGAAUUGCAACCCACAAAUGCAGCAGGGCCCACCAUCCCAAGAAGAAGACUCUCUAGCAUAUGAAGCAGUUGUGGUAAGAAAUGUAGUUUUAGGACAAGCAAACCUUCUUUGAUCUCCCCGUAAGUCAGCCUUCCACAACCUGUGGUCUUUCAAAUGUUAUUGGACUACAAAUCACAUCAUCCCCAACCAUUGGCUAUGCUAGCUGGGGCUGAUGGGAGUUGGAGUCAACUGCUUAGAGUGUUAAAAAAUAAAUUAAAUGGUUACGCAUGUAGGUUUAUUUUGGAUGGCAACAACACACAAAAACGUCCAAAGAAAGAGUUCAAAUGAUGAAGGUUAAUGGCAUGUCCUUCGACAAUAACUGCAUUCCAUACAUGCUUCCAUCCCAAUGGAGAGGCUGAACGACAAAAUUUGAGGGGGAAAUGUAUUUUAUUAUACAAAUAAAAGCCAAAUGACAAUUAUGCUUUGAAGACACCUAGCGCCCAAAGGUAAAAGACCUUAUUAUAAAGUUUAUGGUGCAAACAACCAUGGAUCAAGUACUUCAUUGCCAUUUGAAUUGGUUGCACCAUUAGCCCUUAGUGUUGCUGGCUGAUUAGCUUCCAAUACAAGAUCUCCCACAACUGCAUAGAUAACUUUUGUAUGUUAAUCCUGGUUUUACUUUUAUGUUUGUAAAUCAGAAGGGCAUGUCGAUCAGGAAUAGUUGAAUUCUUUGACAAAAUAAUCAGAGCUAUAAUGAAUCUCACAGUAAUUCCAUGUAUAAGUAAUUAUAUGAGAAAACACAUUUAAAAUGCUUAGCAGGUUGUCUCUGUCACAUUUGCUUUUUCUUAGUGGAUUUGGGUUCACAUGGCUGGAAUCACAUAUCAUUAGACCACUAUUUUCUUCAUCAGUAACCCUAUAUAUGGAACCAUAGGGUGAAACAGUGACCUCCUUGGAGCAAAUGAGAACUUCCAUUGAACUUUUUAGGGGGCGGUUCUGCACCCAUUAUUCUUGCUGCAAAGCCACACAUUAUGUGCACGUAUAUGCACCUGUUUAGGAGUAAUGUGAUUCACAGAAAUUAAAUUUGUAUUUAGAAGACAAUCCUGUACCUACUUACCUGGGAGUAGGCCACAGCAACCUCAGUGGGGCUUACUUCUGUGUAGGCUUGGAUAGGAUUGCACAGUACCUAUGUGUGUGAUCUCUGAGCCUUUGGGAAAAAUGUGUGAAGAUGCACACACACACACACACACACACACACAACCACUUGUAAAUAUUUGUUUGUAAAUGCUGUUACCAAUACCUCAGAAGUCCUCAGUGUUAAGCAUUUUGCCGUUGAAAGCUGGCUGUGUUUGUGGCUUUACAUCCAUCUGAAAGUGACAAAACUAUAACACUUUAAUAAAAUAUCGACUUUUUUCAGCAGCUGGCUACUUACAGCAUUGUUGAAUGGAUGUAUGUGUACUGGGAUCUUCUCAUUAUAAAGGAAUACAAAUAUACUGCUAUUAAAAAUAAACUUUUAAAUUUA